AGCCAUGGUCCUCUCUGCCAUGCAAGAUGGAAUUCAAGGCAAGCCGGUACGCCCGGACAAUUGGUACCUACGCAGUCUGUUGGAGAAUCUACAGAACCCGCUCGAUGAUGAACCAAGUCCAGGAUCAAUCGCUGAUGCUGAAUACCGAGCUUUUGUGAAGCGCAAACCCCAAUAUAUCACGGGUGGCAUUCGCUACUAAAACAGUAUGAAAUCGUUGCCGCUGUAAUGGUAAAACGCUGACUUUUAUAUACAAUCCGAUGCAAAAUAGACGCUCCAUAUCCGUC